GCAUACCCAGCAGCUGUCUCUCCAGCAAGGGGAUAAGAGAAGCCUGGGAGGACAGCUGCCCAGCCUGGGGCCUCAGGGAGCAGAAGUGGGACACCUCCACCAUGGCCUGGACCCCUCUCCUCCUCGGCCUCCUCGCUCACUGCACAGGGUCUGUGGCCUCCUAUGAGGUGACACAGCUUCCCUCGAUGUCAGUGCAGCCAGGACAGACAGCCAGGAUCACCUGUGGGGGAGACAACAUUGGAAGAAAAAGUGUUGACUGGCUCCAGCAGAAGCCCAGCAAGGCCCCUGUAACCAUCAUCUACAGUGAUAGCAGCAGGCCCUCAGGGAUCCCUGACCGGUUCUCAGGCUCCAACUCGGGGAACACGGCCACCCUGACCAUCAGCGGGGUCCAGGCCCAGGACGAGGCUGACUAUUACUGUGCAGCAUGGGAUGGUAGUACAAACACUCACGGUGGCACAGGCAGAUGGGGAAGUGAGACAAAAACCUCAGUCUGUGUCAAGCUCUCCUCAGGCCCCAGGACGACCGCAGACAAAGCCAUGGGUAGCUUUGGCCCAGGUACCCUUUCUCAGGUCUCCCAGUGGCCCCUCCUCCCAGCCUCAGUCAGCUGUGCAGAGGGUGGGUCAGGACUGGAUUCAGGGGGCAGGACCAGGCUGGCCUCCUGUGUCUGUGACACAGAAUCAAUGCCAAAAAGAGGGCCUCACGAAAGGACAGCCUGCUUGAGUCCUGUGCCCAGAAAUAAUGGUCCUACAAUCCUUAUUAUCGUGACUGGGCUGCUCCUUGUGAAAAUGCUCUGGAUGCAUCCCCAGAGCUGCCAGCUCCACGGAGCUCCUGAGGCCCGGGCUCCGAGGCCGCCCAGGACUCUGAAUGGAGCCGACCAGUGCAGCAGACACUGUGAGAUCCCCUGGUGCCCAGUCGGGUCCCACACGCCCACCACCACAGCUGCAGGCCCCCCGGCUGCUCUCAGCCGGGCCCUCCCUGGGAGCGGGAUGGUCUCUGUGCUGCACGUGUACUGA